UGCAAUGGGUAGAUGAUUCAAACACCGAUUAAUUAUUAAAUUUAAGUUAAAAACAAAAGUGAAAAUGUAUUCUAGACCAACCCCCCGUGAAACCGACGAAGAUCUUCUUCGUCUUCAAGAAGAAUUUGCUCGUCAACACUCCGAAAACAAAGUCAAGUUGGCUGCGACUGUAGUCAGUGAAAAGCAAGAUGAAAAACCUCAGUCUAGUAGUGACCCCAAUGAUAUUCAAGACCAGCUGGCUAACACUUUCGAAGCAAUUCCUGACCACAGCAACCUGGGGAGUAUUAUCGAGAAAACCCCCCAAACUCACACUUUACCGCGCUUGAACUUUAACACAAACCGCGGUUUUCCGGCACCUAAGCGUAGAGACGCUGGUGUAGACAGUGCACAAGGCAGUGGGAGUAUUUUUGCCAAGCAAUUUAAGCGCGUGAAAAAAAGUGAAGAUGUGAAAAUUUCUGAAGAAAGACUGCCAAGUCAAAGUUUUGUUGUAACAGGAAGCGAAAGAAACGACAUUCACGAAGAAAAUAUUAAAAAAAUGAAAGAAAUGUCAGAGAAAGAGAUUUUAGAGGAGAGACAACGCUUGAUGGAGACAAUGGAUCCGGCGAUUAUCGCGUUUUUGAAAAAUCGUCGCCAGAAAGUGGAAGCUGCAGUAAAGGAUAAUAGAAAUCCAACGAUUGAGGAGCAAAACGCAGCUGCGCGCAAUAUGGAAGUUGAGGAUAUUGACACAACUACCGAAAUUUUGAAAAAUCCAGACGCGGAAAAAUGGCUCAAUUUUAAAGUCUUUGAAAGUAGUAAGUUGGCGUGGAUGAAGGGGGUGGAGGUACCGAAAAUUGAAAAAAGUAGAAGUUAUGAGGCCAGAUUUGAUUUUGAAGGGUGGUUGUUGCCAUACAGUGAACAGGAAAUCACUGAGAAAUCUAGGGUUUUGUAUCAUCAUGGUGAUGAGGCUGGUAGACCUGGCUAUACUUUGCAGGAGUUGUUUCAGUUGUCAAGGUCAAAUGUCAUUCAACAAAAAAUAGUCGCCUUAAACACGAUUGCCAACAUUUUGGAAUUACAAUCCACGGGAGUGUAUGAUGACGUAAUUGAGUUACCCAUUGAACAAAUUUUUUUCGUUUUGCGAUUUUGCCUAGAUGAUAAUACUCCAGCGGUCCUCAACGCGGCUAUAAAAGCUAUGAGGAAUUUGUUUUCUAGCAAAGUGGACGAAACCUGUCUUGAUUGUCUUCUAGGAUUUGGAUUAGGUCGAAUUCAGCCGAUUUUAGCGGUUGAUAAUGACCCGGAAGAUGAUGAUAGAGUCAACGACCAACAACUGGCAGAAACGAAUUUAGUUAAAUGUUUAGCAAGAACGGAAAUUUUGGCCAGAAUACGAUACGUCAUAAAUACAGUGCGUCCCAGUCUUGAAACUAUUGUUUAUUGCAUGGAUAUUUUGAUUCGUUUGUCUCGAGAUUCUCAGUUCAUUUUCACCAGACUUUACAAGUGUGAAAAUCUUAUUUCGAGUAUUGUUAGUAAUUUUGUCCCAAACACACAAAGUAGCAGUUCUGACCCAUCCUCUCCCUAUGGUUUACCGCUUAUUCAGGCUUUGAAACUUCUGCGGGUUUUGGCUAGUCGCAGCCAAACAAUCGCAAGCGACUUAGUGGGGAAGUACCGGGUCAUGGACGCCAUUUUAUCCUAUUUAUCCACAAAUCAAUACUCCAUGAACACCAACGGACUCAAACUACAAACUGAAAGUAUGCAUUUGUGGUCAGUUUUUGUUCACUAUGGGUUGGCAAUGGAACAUAUUGAAGUUCUGCAGCCAGUUUUAAUCGAACUAUUAAAUUAUCAUUUAAAAAAUACCAACUUUGACAUGUCUACAACCUACGUCCGACAGGGUCACGUGUCCGCACUUCUAAUUUUGAUUGGUGGUUGCUGCAAACGAGUGACAUUAGUGUCGCCAUUUUUAAGCACACUGCACUCUUGUAUGACCAAGUGGUUCAAACAGUUCAUGACUUUGAACGAAUUUACAUGUGGCAAACUCCAAAUAAUAGCUUCUAUGUUUUACUGUCUAGCGAUGUUAAGUAAAGCGACCGAACUUCCAGCAGAUGUCGCUACAAUAAUUUGUGAAGUUUUAAAAUCGCAGGGUUUUAAAACUGUGACUAAAACUAUAACAAAUGGUUCAAUGUUGCUGAAUAAUUAUGAACCACAUAAAACUAGCCCCAAUUUGAAGAGUCUAGAGGCGGCUGCUUGGUACACGUCUGAACACGUGGUGCCCUUAAUACAGUCAAACAGUCCGCUACCUUUUCUGAGUGCUUUAUCUAAUUUCGUUGAGGCGUGUUCUGACAAUGACUUAAAAUUAGCAUUUCUGAGUGACAACAAUAUUGGAAAUUACUUAAGCGAGAUGAGACACUUGCAUAAGUAUUAUCUCACAAGCCACUGGUUUACUAGGGUUGAAAGUAACUUAAUUAUGAACAUUUUGAAGUGUUCCAUAGUUGUCAAAAAUAGUCUGGAUACUCGACCUUUCUAUGAAGUGGGAAUUAAAUGUUUGAGUAUAUUUACAACCGAACAAAAAACAAACAUUGAAUAUGUUCUCAAAAAUAUAGUUUUGAGUCCAGAGUUUUAUCCUAGUGAUGUUUUCAUGCGAAAUUUGAGCCUAGAACAAAGGAGUGACUCUAUAGCUACAUCACUCGAAAAUUUGAAUGAUAUUUUAGAAGUGUAUACACGCGUCUUGGGUUUAAAAAUUGACGUACCAACCUUCACCACGAAUUUAUCGUUAGACUGUAAUCAAGGAAACGUGAUCCCUAUUGACUGGAUUUACACUCCAAUCAUCGUUCUCUACUCCAACCAACAACAAAAUAAGCAAAACCCGACCGAACAGGAGCAAGUUUUCAUCAUCCGGAAUUGUUUACGUUGGAUUUUAAUCUAUGAAACGUAUUUUUCGGAGUUGGCUUGUGCUAUAAAUCCGACUGAUCGUUUUUGCCGCAUCGCCUGCACAUUCCUCGGGAGUGACAACCUAUUCCUAAUUGACGAAAUCCACAAUUUGCUUCAGUUGUGUCUAAACAAUAUCAUGAAGUCUGAAAAAGAAAUAAAUUUUAAUAAGGAAAUACAAGGAUUAACCAGUUUCCAAGAUUUUUAUACGCAGUUGUUGGAACAGUACCAAGGGGUUAGUUAUGGAGAUGUUUUGUUUGGUAACUUUGUUUUGGUGCCGCUGGCUCAGCGACACUCGCUAAAGUGGCGAAAAACGCUAUGGUCUGAGUAUUUAGGGGUUGUAGAGAUGUUUAAUGUGACUGUGGAGCAAAGUGUGUGUCCUUUGGAAGGGUUUUUGGAACCAGAAGAAGACGAUUUGUCGUUACUGAAAUGUUAUAGAAGGGCUAUUGUAAAUAAUAGUGUUAGGCAACAUUCUAUUUUGUAUAAAGUGGCAAAACAUCAUGUGGAGCAGUUUGUUGCAAAAAAGAAAAAUAAAGGAUGAUUUUUUAUUAAUUAA